AUGGCAAAUCCUGUGGAGUUUGGUCACAGGAACAAUCAAUAUACAAUCAAAACAAAGAGUGUUUCUUAUAGUGUAUCUCCAACAAUUACUAAUAACUACCAUGGAAUUGAAUGGAUUUGCUAUAAAAAGGUAAAUCCAAGUUUAAAGAAGAAGCAAAUAUUAAGGGAUGUUAAUUGUGAAAUCAAACCAGGGGAGAUCACAGCAGUUGCUGGUCCAAGUGGUGCCGGUAAAACAACGUUGCUCGAGAUUCUUGCCGGCGUUAUACCACCUUGCAGAGUCUCGGGUCAGGUGCUAGUCAAUGACCGUCCAAUCAACCCGAGUGUUUUCAGGAGAGUGUCGGGAUACGUCACCCAAGAGGAGCUACUAUAUCCUCUUCUUACAGUUGAGGAAACGCUCCUUUAUAGCGCACGGUUAAGGCUCCAUGGCGGGCUUGAAAACGCAAAAAGUAGAGUGAGAGAAUUGCUGGUGGAGCUUGGGUUAUGUCAUGUUUCCGGAGAAAGAAUUGGUGAUGGAAAUCACCGAGGGAUUUCGGGUGGAGAAAAACGAAGGGUGUCCAUUGGUGUUGAUCUAGUCCAUGAUCCUUCGGUUAUUCUAAUGGAUGAACCGACUACAGGAUUGGACUCAGCUUCAGCUCUUCAAGUCAUGUUAAUGCUUAAAUCAAUGGCCACUGAUGAUCAUAGAAAAACCAUUGUUCUAACAAUUCAUCAACCCGGGUUUCGGAUUCUUGAAUUAUUUGAUCAACUUGUGUUAUUAGUUGAUGGGACCGUGGCUCACCAUGGCUCACUUGAUAGGCUCCACCAUCGACUCAAAUCUGCUGGCCAUUUCAUUCCACGUCAGGUAAACUUGUUAGAGUUUUCUAUCGAAAUGAUCGAUACUCUUAUCACAGAUGUCAAAAUAGACCCAACCUUGGAUCUUAAAGAAGCUGCAAAAGUAGAUUGUUGUUUGAUGUAUGCAAAUUCACCAUUUACCGAGGUGAUGAUACUGAGCCAGAGAUUUUGUUACAACAUAUUCAGGAGCAAGGAGCUUUUCGUUGCAAAGAUGAUUCUGGCCAUGCUAGUUGGGGUUCUUUUAGGAACGAUAUUCAACAAAAUUAAUCGGUUUCAAAUGCAAACUCAAAUUGGGUUUUUUGCAUUUCACUUAACGUUUUUGCUCUAUUCAUCAUCCGAAGCUUUGCCUAUAUUCUUGCAAGAACGAAGAAUUUUAAUGAGAGAUACCUCGAUUGGUGCCUAUCGGGUUUCAUCCUACACUUUAGCCAACACUCUCGUUUUCAUCCCAUUUCUCUUGAUAGUGGCUCUUCUUUAUGCCACUCCAAUCUACUGGCUAGUUGGGUUAAGAAACAAUCUAGACGGGUUUCUCUAUUUCUCACUGGUGGUUUGGUUAGUUUUACUAAUGUCGAAUUCUUUCGUUGCCUGUUUGAGUGCACUUGUCCCAAACUUUAUAAUGGGGAUCUCGUUGGUAGGGGGACUAAUGGGAUCAUUUUUUCUGUUCUCGGGCUACUUUAUAUCAUACAAUGAUAUACCAAGAUAUUGGAUUUUCAUGCACUAUUUAAGUCUUUUUAGGUACCCAUUUGAGUGUUUUUUGCUAAAUGAGUUUGGGGGGUCGAAGGGAAGAUGGAGGUGUCUCGAAAGAUUUGAAGAUGAGUGUUUAGUGUAUGGUGAAGAGUUCUUGAAGAAGCAGAAUAUAAAGGAGAUACAAAAAUGGCAUAAUUUGGGGGUGAUGUUAGUGUUCAUCUUUGGUUACAGGUUACUUUCACUACUGAUAUUAUGUUAUAGAUCUUAUAAGACUAGAAAUUAA